AUGAUCAUCGGUAACGUCUACUUCAUCGCGGCGGUGGCCGUGGUGGGUGGUGCUCUAUUCGGUUUUGAUAUCUCGUCUAUGUCGGCUAUCAUCUCAACUGAGGCAUAUUUGUGCUACUUUGAUCAAGGAGGAAUCGUUAAUGGAAAAUGUACUGGUCCAUCCCCAGAUGUUCAAGGUGGUAUCACCGCUUCUAUGCCCGCUGGAAGUUGGCUUGGAGCUUUAUUGUCCGGUUAUAUCUCAGAUAUGCUUGGUAGAAAGAGAUCCAUUCAAAUUGGUUCUGUCAUCUGGAUUCUUGGCUCAAUCAUCGUCUGCGCUGCCCAAAACAUUCCUAUGCUUAUCGUCGGACGUAUCAUCAACGGUAUCUCGGUUGGAAUCUGCUCCGCUCAAGUUCCCGUCUAUAUCACCGAGAUUGCACCACCAUCUAAGCGUGGAAGACUCGUCGGUUGCCAACAAUGGGCUAUCACUUGGGGUAUUCUCAUCAUGUUCUACAUUUGCUACGGAUGCUCCUUCCUCAAAGGAAACGCUGCUUUCCGUAUCCCAUGGGGUCUUCAAAUGAUUCCAGCUGUCUUCCUUUUCUUCGCUCUUUUCUUCUUGCCAGAAUCCCCACGUUGGCUCGCUAGAAAAGACAGAUGGGAAGAAGCUCACCAAGUUUUGUCUCUUGUCCAUGGACAUGGUGACGCCAACUCCCCCUUCGUCGCUAAGGAAUUGGCCGAAAUUAGAGAAGUCGUUGAGUUCGAGAGAGCCAACGCUGACGUUACUUAUAUGGAGUUGUUCAAGCCCGAUAUGAUCAACCGAACACACAUUGGUAUCUUUACUCAAAUCUGGUCUCAACUUACCGGCAUGAACGUCAUGAUGUACUACAUUACUUACAUUUUUACCAUGGCUGGUUUGGGUAGCAACGUUCUCUUGCCAUCCUCGAUUCAAUUCAUCAUCAAUGUCGUCAUGACAAUUCCUGGAUUGAUCUGGGUUGACAAAUUAGGUCGUCGUCCUGUCCUUUUGUUCGGAUCCAUCUUGAUGAUGAUUUGGCUUUUCAUCAACGCUGGUCUCUUGGCUACUUACGGAACCGUUCCAUACGAGGGACAAUUCGCCAGUGCCGCUGAAUCCAUCUCUAUUACCGGAGCACCAUCCAAGGCUGUCAUUGCUUGCACAUACCUUUUCGUCGCAUCAUAUGCACCAACAUGGGGUCCAGUCUCCUGGAUUUAUCCACCUGAGCUUUACCCUCUCCGUAUUCGUGGAAAGGCUGUCGCUCUUUCUACUUCUGCUAACUGGGCUUUCAACUUCGCUCUUGCAUACUUCGUCCCACCUGCCUUUGCCAACAUUAGAUGGAAGGUUUAUAUUGUUUUUGGAAUCUUCUGUGUUGCUAUGACCCUUCAUGUUUUCUUCGUCUUCCCAGAAACUAGUCAGAAGCCUCUUGAGGAGGUCGAGGAGAUCUUCGAUUACUCAAAGCCUGGAAGCAUCAGGUUCUUGGGUACUCCAGCCUGGAAGACAGGUGUCGAUAAGAGAGCAGGCCGUUUGGAGAGAGGAGAGUUUGAUGCCGAGGAUAAACUCGGUCCUACUGUUGCUCAUCAUGACGGUGUUACAGCUGUUGAUGAGACUUCCAAGUCUGAGCUGUAG